GAUGAAGACUGGCGUGAUGAAGUCAAGACUGUUAUGCAAUGCAUGCAUAUAUUGGUAGACAGUGAAGAUGAUGAUGGUACUGGGGUGCCUUGAAACUGUUUAAAUAUGUCCUUAACACAAAGUCUUGAUGUAGCUAGCCAAGAGGAACUUGUAGAACAAAUUAGUCAGUUGCAUCUGUUGGUGCAGGAAAUGAAAGAUGGUUUUACUGGAGCACUGCUAGAGCUCUCGUCCAUACAGCAAGAUGAUAAAGUUAUAGAAGAAAAACUACAAGAAAAUAAAAAUGAAUGUCAGGAACAAAUCAGUGAAGUGCUCAAGGUCGUCAAUGAGUUAAAGGCUGAUUUUAGAACUGUGUUGAGUCAGCUUCAAGAAACCACUGAGAACCAGAAUAAUCUGAAGGAACAGAUUGACUUUCUACAAUAUGAGCGGGAUCUACUGCUUGAAGAACUGGAAAAAUCUGGAUCUAUUUCUGAAAAACUGAGACACUUCACAGUAGAUGCCUUGAAAACAGUGUCUCCUCUGACGAGGAUGAAGAGGUUAGGAAAGAAACAUCAGCAGGUCAGAGAAGUCAACAUGGAAAGGCGGAAAAUAACCAAGAAAACAGGAAUGAGGUACGAAACAUUUAAAUAUGUUGCCAGACUUGUUUGGGGUUCUGGGGCAUCUCGAAACAGUUCAUUUGGUGCUCAUGAUGGUAGGGUGUCCUCUCCAGCUAAGCAGCUAUUGGCUGAGAGUAAAAGACAUGAGACUGCCCAAGAGAUAUUGGAAACAGAGAAGAAAUAUGUUGCCUGUCUUGCUAUUCUUCAACAGCACUUUGCUCUGCCAUUGAGACAGUCUAGCUUACUGCCUCCUAGAGAUGUAAAUGCUAUCUUUCCUGCCUAUCUCAAUGUAUUCCACCAAAGACAUACAGCGCUGUUGAAGCAAUUGGAGGAAAGAAUUUACAAGAAGAAGUGGGAGGGCAUGCUGGGAGAUUUGUUUGCUCGUUUAAUUGAUCCUUGUAAUAUGUCUGGAUCAAGUAGGAUUCUGAUACGGCUAUACUGCCGAUAUGUUAUGAUGGGACAGUCAAGUCGUGUGGUUGAAUUUGAUGAGUCUGCGGUGACAACCAACAUCAGUGGACAUCACACAGGCAACGGUGAUGUAAUCAGACAACGGACUUCCACACCGAUCCCGAUGACCUACAAGGAUGAGAAUGGUGACCCUUGUAGUGCUGUGUAA